AUGCAGAUCGUCCCGCUCUCAGGCGACAAGCCCUUCUUCACCAUUGUCUUGUCUAAGGGCCAUGUAGAGAAGCCUGCCCAGCUGGUUUGUAUAGAGGAGAUCCCGAGUCGUCUCCACUCCCACCUGCCGGGCUCGCGCGUCCCAGCAGUGCUCCUGCUCGGCAACCAGUCAUGGGCGGUGACCUACUGUGGUGAACUCAAGUGCAAGAAGCUCGGUCCGGGGUGGAGGGACUUUGUCGUCGCCAACCGUCUGCGCAUCGGGGACGCCUGCGUCUUCGAGCUCAUCACGCCAGUUGCUGGAGGAACUGGGAGUGAGGGUGAUGGGAAGGUGGUGUUCCGGGUGUAG